GAUAUACUGGCAUUCAUUCAGUCAAUCAAACAGUUGGGUUAUUCAGAUACACCAGAUUAUGCCUAUUUACGUAAACUUUUGCACAGUGCUAAGUCAUCGAUUGGCAAACAAACCGUUUCAUCUAGUCAUAAGUUAACUGUGGAAUCUAAUGAAACGGGGGUUAUUUCUCCACCAACACUCCGUAAAUAUAAUAAGAAAGAUGUAUUAAAAGUGAGGAAAUGUUCUUUGCUUUUUUCCCCACUUACACACUGAUGAGUUGAUCCAUCGACAAAUGUCUAUGGAGAUAGUUGAUUUUUAGAACCGAUAAUUAUUGAAGUACUUUUGCGACAACCAGUUAUUAUUAUUAUUAUCAGUUCUCCGCAUUAUGAUUCUCAGUUUUUUAUUUCAUAACUUCCCUUCUAGGUGUAAGUUUUCCUAGACGUCGACGUCGUUGAAUCCGGAGAGCUUAAUAGAAUUCAUCUGUCUUAUGUUUGUUCGUGUAGUGUGUAACGAGUCGCACCUAAUACGUAUAAAUCAUGAAUAAUCCCCAUCCAGGCAUUAAUGAAAACAAAACACGUAGAUCAGCGAAUAGUCUCUUUUCGGUGAAUUCAUUUUCUUAGUUGUACAAUCGCAAAUAUAUAUAUAUGUUAUUUUGUAUGUAUGUGUACAUUAAGUUUGUCGAACAAAAUUACGAUUGGUUAUGGUUAUUUUAACUAAACAGGUAAAGAUUGGAAAUACAAGUCAAGAAAAUUAAGUGUUAAUCAAACUAGGGUAGUAACAAAAGUGAUGAGUUGUCACAAACAGUUGUUAAAAGAAGUUAUGUAAUAAUAAUAUGAAUAGUUUGAUGAGUGAGUUUUACUCAGGAUGCACUUAGGAACAAAGUAGAUAAUACGAAAUUACGUAAGAGUCCUAAAUGAAUACAAGAGUUAUAAGCAAUUAAAGAACAGGCAGAGAAGCAAAAUUAAGUCAUCAAAAUCAAAAGAACUGCGGUUGUACAGCUAAGAAAAUGAAUUCGCCGAAAAGAGACUGUUCGGUGAUCUACGUGUUUUGUUUUCACUAAUACGUAUAAUACUACACGGUUGGCCAGGUUGAGUCCUGUGACUCAUUGGUUGAACCGAUAAGUCACUUUUGUAUACCACAAAGAUCACAUCUGUGUACUGCUUUGAUGUAAGCGUUUACUAAAAUAGCCAAACCACCAACAAUGAAGUGCAGUGUGUGUGUGUGUGUGUGUGUGUCAUAGUCCUAAUGAGUUUAUUAUUAUUAUUAUAUUUUAAGUGUAUGAUGCGCACGUGACUUUCAGCUUCAUUCGAUACCUCAAGUAAUCUUUAUAGUUUAAAUUCUAAAUCUAUUCUUUCACUUGUAAGAUCUGUACACUCCUAGAACAUGUCAUGCUACUUAUACUGUAUA